CAUUUUUUAUUGUGUAAAAUACUGUGCGUCAUUAAUAUGAGAAAUAAAUCGACUGUAUAUAUAUAUGAGACACCCAAGGUCUUAAAAUACAAACAUUCUCUUUUCAUUCUUUAAAGUAUUAUUCACAAAUCUCUCCUCUCAUACUAUUAAGGUAUUACGAUGAUGCUGCUUGUGUGCUAAGAAAAAUGUGAUUAGACGCAAAGGCUCCUCAUCUUUCAUCGACUCUGUCACCCACUUUGCCUUGGAAGUAUUAUAUGCUACUUGAUGAAUCGACUCUGCCACCCACUUUCAUCGACUCUGCCAUCCACUUUACCUUGGAAGUAUUAUAGAAAGAUUAAUAAUGUUUUAUUUAUUACUUUUAAUAUUUAUAAAUUAUAAAAUACAGUGAACGAAAUUUUAUAUAAGAUAAUUAUAAUAGUUUUAUACUCUACUUGAUGAAUUAUGUUCGAAUAUAAUUCUAUAAUAAUUAUUUUAAAUAUUACAAAAUCCAAAAAUAUUUAUUAAUAUUAUUUUUAUAUUAUUUAUCGUUGUUUAAAGAAUAAAUUUAAAUGAUUUAUCGUUGUAGAAAGAACUUGAAUUAUACGACCUUAAAAAAUAAUCUUUGAAAGAUAAAUUUGAUGCAGAAUUAAUGAUAUCAAAAUUAUGUUCCCGGGAACUCUAGCUAUUCGGUUGAAUUAAAACAAAUUCAAUUUUAUAAGAUAUAUUAAAAGGACUAGAUAUGUUUUAGCUUGAAGUGUCAUACUAAAAGUGUUAUCUGAGUAAGUUACUAAUAUUUUUGUGAAUGAAAAAUAUGCCCAUCAUAUGACAAGAAAAAUAAUAAUAGGUAACUUUAAUUAUAAGAGCAUAAAUAACUCAUAUGCACAAGAAGAAUUUGUAAACGUUUGUAUGUAAAGAGAUUUGGAUUGAAAUCUAGAUAGACCAAGAAUUCAUAUCUAUGUCAAAAUAGGAUUUUGGAUUUGAAGUUUAAAGACCCUAUAUAUUAUAACAGAAAUAAAAAAGUUUAUUAUGUUGUACUCAAUCUUCUAAAGAGAUUUAUUUGAUCGGAAUGCUUUCUUAAAGAUAUUAUUUCCAAGAGACGAUAUUAAACUAAAGCCGGCGGAUAUAUAAUUGUCUAGAAGUCAAAAAAAAAAAUUAGCCGCAGUUGUAGAGUUUUAAACUCUGGUUUACAUAUACAUUAAUAAUAGAGUUACCAAUAUAGUUACUUGAUAUUUUGGUUAUAAUUAGCCCCAUAAAACAUAUAUAUUCAUUAGUCCUGAAGUACUCUUUUUCCUUAUCAAGGUUUUUAUCAUAUCGGAUUUCCAUGACAAAGUUUUAACGAGCCAACAAAAUAAUACAAAAUUGAUAAAUAUCUAAAAGGAAUGUUAAUAAUUUUAAAGAAAUAAAUUUAUCACCGUUCUAAAGAUUUUAAGAUAAAAAAUCCAAAAAAAAUGAUCAAAGCAUAACAAAACCCAUACAAUGGAGAAGAAAUGAUGGUGUUUGUGUCCUACAUAUUAUAGCUAAAGUGACAAUUUGGUUGAUUUAUUUAACAAAGGGUUGUUCAUUGCUACUUCCAAAAAUAUAUUUAUCUUAUCGGACUACAUUGUCACAAAGAUCUUUGAUGUAUGUAAGUUAUUGUUUGAUGCACUUUUUGUUUACCUUAACCAUUAUUUUUCGUAUUGAAUUUUCUUGGUAACUUUUGUAAGGAGUCAGCAUUAUACAAUGAUCAUCAAAAAAAUGCUAUGAUUAUUGUACUAAAUACACUUAUUCUCCAAGUUACAUUUUUUGUCUAAACUAUUGUAUUUCUGUAUUAAAAUUUUUUAAUCAUUACUCAUCUUAAUACAAUUUUUUAAUUACUUUAUUUGGGUAUAUAGGCUCUGGUCAAGGCAUUUCCGAACCUAAAUAAAUCAGUCUUUUCCUCUCUAUCUCUCUCUCGAGUCUCCAAACUCAAAUUUGGAAGAGAAAAAAAAAAUCAGGUUUGUUUCUUUCUUCUUUUCUCUCUCUCUAGAAUCUAGAAUGUGAGUUUGUUUUUGUCGGAAGAUGUACUGAUGAAUUUAUGAUUUCCUGGUUCAGGGCUUCUCUGCAUGUGAGGAUUGCGACCAUGAUGAAUCUUGAUUUCCCCGACGGCACCUCACCGCCUUCACAUAUUCCCCGCAGUAGAAAAUCCCCACGGAAAAAUGCUUCAAAGCCUUCUCCUCCUCCUCCUCCUCCUCCAGAACCAGCAACAGAACACGUGACAAAUAAGAAGAAGAAGAAGAAGAAGGCAUUGGCGAGCAGCAGCAGAAUCUGGAACGAGGAGGAUGAGCUUACUGUGUUAAAAGGGUUAGUGGAAUAUCAAGCUCAGAAAGGAAACGAACCCAAGAGUAACUGGGGUGACUUUUAUCGUUUCGUGGGAGGCUCCAUCACGGGGAAAUUCUCAAAGGAACAGGUUUUGACUAAGAUCCGCAAGCUGAAAGCCAAGUUCAUUGCUAACAUGCAGAAAGCAAACACUAGCAAAUCUGAAGCCUUUCUACUUUCCAAAAGUAUAUGGGGCCCCCAAAGUGAAUCUGAUCAGUCUGCUGAUCACACCAAGAGUGGUGAGGAAAUGGCUAAUCAUGAACCUUCGAAUAAUGAGGUAACAAAAGCUGACUUUGAAGGCAACGAGGAGUCAUGGGUUGUGCGAGAUGCGUUCGAGACCAUGGUGUCCAAAGGCUUAAGUGAUUAUCAAAAGAAGUUGCAGCUUGAGAAGCUGAUGAACCUUGGAUCUGGUAAAAGAAGAGAGUUGAGCGAUGAGUGGAAAGAGUUAUGUGCUGAGGAAGUUAAACUCAAUAUCAAGAAGUUUAAGUUUUCUGCUAUGCUUGCAGAGGCUGCUAAAUGGUAAACUUGUCCUCCUCGUCUUAUUACUAGUUUGUGAAAAAAUCUGCUUGUCUAGUAGAAGCAGUAUGUUUUCUGUGAUGUCUAAAAGUGUCAAGUCUCUCGGUUUUAUGUAAUCUUAAUGUAAUAAAAUAUCGGUUUCUACAAACUUAUACUCUUCCAAGAAAAAGAAACAGUAUUCUUGAUCACAAGAAAAUAUAAUCACAAGGGUCAUGUCCUACAAACAUAUCUGAUAACAUGAAUCACUAUUAACUAAUCUUCAUCGAGGAUGUUGAAGAGACAACCUCUGUCUUGAAGAUAUUGACAGUUUUGAGACAUGGAGCUUAUCUUAGGAAGAUUCUAACAGUCAUUGUUGAAGAGAGUAGAGAGUCAAAACUACUUCUUUUGAGAGACCUCAAUUAUCAGAUUAUACAAAUAGACGAGGAGUCCUUUUUUCACAAGCCGUAGCUUCUCGUGACUUGCGUGUUUCUAAGACUCUUCGAGUUCCACUCCUCCUAUAUUCAAACCAAAAUAAUUCUUAUGAGAAAGAACUCUUCAGAUUGUCAACAAUCAUUUGGGCUAAAAAUGAAACAGAAGAUGCUUCUAGUGAGAAUAGGCAGGACCAAGCUAAGGUAAAUACUGAUCUGUUGCUCCUAUUAUGUUUAUUUUAGAGAAUGCGAGCUGCUUUACUGAUUUUGAUCUUAGGUUCUUGUUUUGAACAAGGAUGUCCCUUUGGUGGAGCAAAAGCGAGUGAAUGACACAAGAAUUGAUAAAGAUAAGAGCGAGGAGUUAGGUGGUAUGGAUGAAUUUGAUGCUCUUCAGGGCACACAUGAGGCAUCGACAUCUUUUGAGAGUGUAGGGAAAACUCAACAGAAGAUGCUGUUUCAGAAUUGAAAACUUUUGGAGCUCAGCGAAGGAAGGAGCUAGCUGGUGAUUGGAAGGCAUUGCUUAAUGAGGAGAUGGAAUUGCAUAUGCAGAAACUGACUUUCUUGCAAAGCUUCCUUGUGCAUGAGUUUCUGGUUCAAGAAUUAAAAAAUAUAUAUAUUAUCUUUGAUUCCUAUUGAUGUUUUUUUUUUUGUUUCGUGGGUUUUCAAGCCAUCUUUUGAACGGUUAUAGUUAAGGUAUGUUAAAAGAUUUGUGGUCUUAGGGUGUGAUUUAUUCCGCGAAAAUCAGCCUUCUACUACUAUUCAAGUAUUCAUCGAGUCUUUUUUGAUCUCUAUUUUAUGUUUUAACUAAUGCGUAGCUUUUUGUGUAACUAAUUUUAACAGUAAAGCACUCAGGUGAGAAACCCAUCACAACUGGUAGGUUUGCUGCGAAGUUCCAUUUGGUUUGAUGGUUGGUUAAUAUUUUUUGUGUUUUUACUAUUUUCACGGUUUAGCAUAUAUAAUCAAAAUAUUAAAGUUCUACAAACUAAUUGCCUAAUAAGAAUGUUGUUCAUCUUUAUUCUUCAUUUUCGAUGAAGCUAUGUUCUUGAAUAGAACCUUAUUGGCUUCGAGACGCCUUAUGUAACUUGUUUUCUUCUUCUUCGUGUGGUUUUCAAUGUCGAUGAUCCUUCACAAGGGCUUUCAUUUAUAGUAUUCGACAUCUCAUAGGAGGGAUUUAAUACUUUGUAUUUCUUCAUGUAUCUUGUGUUGUAAUGGAUCAAGUACCUAAUCAAUUAUUCUUCUUGAACUCAGAUAUUUACUCUUAUUAGUCUCGGUUGUUUUAUGCAACAUAUGAAUCCUCAAUCAUCAUAUAUUUUAAUGAAUUCACUUGCUAGCCAUGGAUUUAAUUAAUCGAUUAUAAUAUGAUAAACUUAGGAGUGUACGAAAUAUAUAUAUAUAUACUAGGUGAUAACCCGCGCCCUGCGCGGAGCGAGAAAUUUUUUAAAGUAUUAUAACUUUUAAUAUGUAGACAUAAUAAAAGUUAAAGUCAUAGUAAGAAAAAUAUAUGUAAGAAAGUACGGAUUAUAGCUAAGAAUUUUAGUAUGUCAAUAUAAAUUUAUAUGCGAUGGACUUUAAAAUUAAAUUGUAUAUUUGUUUGCAUGCGGGUAAAUUGUAAAUUAUAAAUAUAAUAUUAAAUGAAACAUAAACAAUAGUCUAAUAAAAUAUAAAAGGAACAAUGUAUAAGAAAACAAAAGAAAAUGAAAAAUAGAGACAAAAUAACUGUUGUCAAUAAUGCCUUCAGAAGUCUUCGUUUGCAAUCCUAUUAUGAGCAUUAGCAAAGAGAUCAUCUUGAGAAAUUAAAAACAUUAUUUAACAAAAUAUGUGAAUGCAUGUAUUACCUCAAUCGUAAAACAUCAAUUUCUAGAACAUCAGUGGGGUCGAAGACAAUUUUGGAAAACCCAUCAAUGUUAGUAACCUUCUUAAAUCGGCCUUAUUAUGAAAUAUGAAAAAUAUUAGCAAAAUAUACAUAUAAUAUCAGCAUUUCAUAAUCUAUUGUAUAUACAAUAAAUACAAUAGAUUACUUUGUCUCCAAUUAAUUUGCCAACACUGUAAAACACAUAAUACUAUGUCUGUAAUUUCUCACCACGAGUCUAUUUUUGAAACCGAUAUUAAUGAUGGGAAAUUAAUACCAUAUAUACCACUUGCCUGUUUUAUAAAUUGCGUGAUGCCUGGACGUGAAAUAGGUAAGAAAAAUCACUCUUGGUCACGCAAAAUAUAUUUCAGAAAUAUUCCCGAUCGUUUAAGGUAAGUAUUUCAAUUUUUUGAAUUUUGUUUCCUUGAAUACAUUAACAAUUCAAUUGUGUUUCCUUAACAUUUUGAAGCAUUAAGUGCUUAUCAUAAUUGGUUAUUUUCGAUGAACUGAAUUAAAAAUAUCAUAAAACGAUUUGAUAUGAACAUUCGUACAGGUUAUGAUAUAAACAUUAUGAUAAACAAUUUGAUAUUAGUAUUAUGAUAAACAUGGUUUAUUUGUUGCAAGAUUAGAUAUGAACAUUCGUACAUGUUAUGAUAUGAACUUUCAUGCAUGUUAAAAUAAUCAAUUCAAACCGUAAAGAACUUAGUUGUAGCACGUUUAAAGAAUCAAAUAUUGUACUCAAGCGUAAAUGACUUACCACAUGAUCAUCGCCUCACAAUCAAACCGUAUUUUGUUGCCUUAUUUAAAUGAAACACUUCUAAAUUUUCGAACAUACCAUAAAGUCUCUCUUAGGAAGGAGUUAAUAUGCUGCCUUAGUUAAAUCUCCGUUUUUUUUUGGAAUCUGAAUUUAAUCAAGCAUUAAUGACUUACCACAAACAUAAUCCGAAAGUUAUUUUUGAAAUCCGAAAACCAUAUAGUAUAAUGUAAUGACCAGUGGUAUUUGUUUGUAACUAUUCUAGUUGAGAAAGGGUUUUUAAAAAAGUUGGUGAGAGUGCAUGUGGUGAUGACACCUAGGAAAUGACACUCAUGUAAUAAACACAUGAGGCCAAGGUUUAUUUUUA